AUGGCGCGGUGCGCGCGGCGCCUGCCCGCCGCCGCGCGCCUGCUGCUGCAGAUACACGACGAGCUCGUGUGGGAGGUGCCGGAGCCCGACCUGCGCCGCGCCGCCGUGAUAAUCAAGGAGACGAUGGAGCAGUGCGGGCCAGCCGGCGCGGCGCUGCCCGUGGCGCUGCGCGCCGGCCGCGCCUGGGGGCUGCUGGCGGACUACGCGCCG